AUGAACGAAUACUGUCAAACUCUCAAAGUUUUAGCCGACCAACUCAGCAAUGUUAACGCGGCUGUUGAUGAACAAGAUUUGGUUCUACAAACACUUGCUGGGCUUACUGAGCAAUAUGAGACCGUGGGUACCAUUCUUCAAAACACUAAGCCAUUGCCUUCCUUUGUUGAGGUUCGUUCUCAGCUUUGUAUGAACGAAACGACCAAAGCCAAUCAAGCCAUGCAUUCUGCCAACAAAGCCGCCACUGCCCUUCACGUUCACAGCCCCUCUUCUCCCGCUGCACCCUCAUCCGCCACCCCUACUCAUUCGGAUCCCAUGCGUGGCCGGCCCAAGACUCGUGGUCGAGGAAGGGGCCGUUCUUCAUCUUCCCAGUCCACUAGGCCAAGGUCACAAAACAACCAAUAUCCACAGCCCAAUCACCCCUAUAUAAUCUUUCCAAACAAUUGGGCCUCAACCCAAUGGGCCAACUUCCAAAAUAACCUAAAUCGCUUUAGCCCACAACAAUCCAACCCACCUUGUCCCUACCCGUCAACCCCACGGUCCAACACUUCCCAGGGUAUUCUCGGCCCCCACCCUGCUCAGGCCCACGUGGCGACCUACAGCCCGACACCAACGGAUAUCGCACAGGCACUCUACACCCUCUCUAUGAGCCAACCCACGGAUCCGAUUGGUUACAUGGAUACUGGUGCAACAGGACAUAUGGAGCAGCCAGUUGCUAGAGGAUACUAUCCAGCUAGAUUGACUUUUAAUUUUAGUUGUUUGGACUUUGGAGGACUGGUCAACUACGAUGCUAGGAUGUUCACAGUCUCAUACUUAUGCAUGGACCAUGGAGUAUUUACUUUGCAGCAGUGCAGUCUUCAAAGGUCCAUUGGAGAGGUUCCUGAUGAUAGUAACAACUGA